AUGGCAACGGGGCAAAAUCCUAGGCCGAGUGGUACUGGUAAAGCCAGUAACUUUUACAUGGCGUGUCGCGAAGGUAACGCAGAACUAGUGAAACGAUUAUUAAAAACAACGAAUGUAAGAGAAAUCAAUCAAAUCGAGGAAUCAAACAACAGUACGGCUCUUCACGCAGCUUCUUAUUUCGGACAUCCCGAAGUGGUAAAAAUUCUAUUAGAGCAUGGCGCUAAUACACAUACUCAUAAUGGACAUGGUAACAUACCUGAACAAGAAGCUUCAAAUGAACAAGUUAAAGAACUAUUUCGAGCAUAUAAGACUAAAUAA